UGCCUCUGCAGAACCAGCCACACAUGAAAAAGCCAGAGCAGUUUUUCCUGCAGGUGGUGGAAAUGUGAACUAAUUGAGUGAUUUUGUAUUUACUGUUAGCUGUUACCUCCUUUCUGGGUAUUGCUUUGUCUUCUGGAUUUUAUCAGAGAACUGAAUACCCCGGGCCACCGUCUCUGUUGACAACCUUUCAGCUGGGCUGACUUGUGCCUGUGCCACCUGUGAGCUGCUAAAACGGCUUCACUUUUGCAUUCACCAGGGUAGAGCUCCAUAGGCUGUGCCGCAUUUGUUUUGGACAACACCCAGUGAGACAGAAAUGUUGAGCUUCUCCAGGGGUGCUGAUGGGACUAAUCAGUGUUAGCUGAGCCGCUUCACUGAAUGAAUCCAAGGGACUCUGGUGCUUUCUGAGAUGAGCAGUGGACCCUGAGAGGACAGCUCAAGCCUGCUUUGAUGUCUGCAGCCCCGUUGUGAAGCACCAUGUCAGAUGAAGCCAGCUCGGAGCAGAAACCUUCUACAACAACAGUCAGCUCUGUUGCUGUGCAGGCUGGGGAUGCCAGCAUUGUUAUAGCUGUGCUGAAGUGUGGAAAAUGGUUGAAGCUUCAGCUGGCUGAAUCAACACCAAAUAUAUUAGAAAUUGGCAGCAAUCAAGAUGAGACUAAAAAACUACUUCAAGAUCAUGAAUUCCUCCUAUCCAAGCUGAAGGCUUUGGAAGACAAGGUAUGGGACCUGCUGCAGGAAGCAGACGAGGUUGCAGAGGAGAACAAAGAGAAGAGUCAGGUUUAUGAUGCAAUGGCAAAGACCCUUGGGGAUGCAUGGCAUGCCCUUAUCAUUAUGUUAGAGAAGCGACAGGCACUUCUGGAACUCACCUCAGUGUUCUUUGAAAACGCUCUGGAGUUUGCUAUUAAAAUUGACCAAGUUGAAGAUUUCCUGAAAAAUGCUCAAGAGUUCGAUAAUAUUGACUCUUUGAGAGAACUUCUUCUGCAACAAGAGCAUCAUACAAAAGAACUUCUGGAGAAGUCAUUUGCUCUUUUAAACAAAAGCCAUGACCUAACUCAAUUCAUAGAAGAAUUCAAAUGUGAGGGGCCAAAUGCAAAUCCAGAGCUGAUUCAAGGAGCCCACACCAGCUGUUUGAAGAUUGACAAUCUCCUUGAGAUGCUGCAGGACAGGAGGCGGCAACUGGACAAAUUCCUCAGACAUCAGCGCCAAGGGCUGGAGCAGGUUCUGCAAAUUUCUUUGUGGCACCAACAGGAGACCCAGGUAACAUCUUGGUAUAAGCAAAACAUCAGAGAUUACUUUCAGAAGCAAAACUUAGGCUCAUCACUGUUGGAAAAUGAAGAGUUACUUCAGGAGCUUGAAGAAAUGGAAGUCAAAGUGAAAGAAUGGAAUUACACUGUGGAACAAUUGGAAGGUGAAGCAUUUAGGAUCUUGCUUUCAGAGGACUAUACAGAAAAAGAACAUCUAAAGCUUUCAAAUCAGAAAAUCUCUCUGCUGCAAGAAGAAGUGUGCUUCCAUAUGGAAGAAAGGAAAGCCCUUCUGCAAGAGGCCAAUGACUUUUUUCAUGCUGCUGGCAAGGUACUUGAUGGUCUUGAAAGUAUUGAGAAUUACCAUAAAAUCUCUAUUUCAGAAGGCUUUCAUUUACCUAUAUUGACACUGAAGUAUAAGGAAUUGCAGGAAGCAAUUAAAGGUUGUACAGAAACUACCAUGCAGAAGGGACGAACUUUAGUUAACAAAGCAGAUUCUCACAGCCCUUGGGUGGCAGGAAUUCAGAAAAUGAUGGAAUAUGUUCAAAAAAAAGUAGAUCAAUUAAACGGCCAAUGUCCAGAUUAUGAAGAAUUUACUUUGAAGAAACAACAAUGGAUUGCCUCACUUGAAGAUCAUCUGAGUAAGGUGUCGCAAUCAAUUAAAAAGCUCGCUCCGAUGCUCGCAGUUGGAAUGGAGAUUGGCUCAUAUUUGUGCGAAUCAGAAAGAGUUUUGAACAAGCACCUUGAACUGGCUAAACAAACAAAGGAAACUUCAUGUGAACUGAAAGCAGCUGAGGGAAUCAUCAAAAAUAUGGAAGAGUUGGAACCUGAGCAGGUGGUGGCUUUUUCUAGCAGAGCUGACUUUCUGAAUAAAGAGCUGAAAAAAAUUGAAAAAAAUAUUGGUUCAAAGCUAGAAAUUCUAGAAACUUAUGUGGCCUUUUUACAGUCAGCUGUAGAGGUGAAUGACGAUAUUAAAAAUCUGAAGGAAUUCUAUAAUUCAAAACCCCUACCAACAAGCAGAGAGACUGAAAGUAAGAUUGAAAUAGAGUCAGCCAAUACUCAGUGGCAAAAUACUAUAAAGAAGACUUUUUCCACUGAAAAUAUGGGUUGCUGUUUUCUUAAUUUAGUACAUGUGGUAAAUGAGAGGUUAAUAUUAGAAGUAGAAAAAUCAAUAAAAGUUACAGAAGAUAUCAUUAUUAACCUGAAUAAAGAAAGGAAGGAGCUGACCGAUCUUUGGGCAAUCUGGAAUUUUAAAAUUACUCAAAUAAAACCCAUCAAGCAACAAUGCCAGAUAUUUAAAGAACAACUAAAAAUCACUACCCGUGGAUUAGAGAUUCUUCAAGAGGCCCUCCAGCUUGCAGUACCAGUUGACCUUGGAAGUGACCUUUUAAUUGUUUUGGAACUACAGAAAAAGCUGAACCAAAUGAAACCACACUAUGAGCAACUGAAUGCUGAGCUUGAGUACCUGAUCAAAUUAUUGGAAUUACCAAGCCAGAAAGGAUUUCCUGUGAAAGAAAAUUCUGAGAGAAUAAGUGAGCUUAUUCAUUUCCAUCAAGCAGUAAAGGAUGCAAUGAUAGAAUACGAUGAGAUUUUCAGCAAGACAGUCAAAUUUCAUUACAUUAAAAAAGAACUGGAAUGUCUGUCAAAAUUAGGAGAACUGGAUAUUCCUGAAAUAUAUGGGGACCCUGAAAAUGUGCACCAGGCUAAAGCCUACCUUGUGAAUUCUCAGGAGAAACAUGCACAUAUUAGACAGCUAUAUACUCUACUUAUUACUCAGGGAGUGGAUAUCUUGUCUGCAGUACAGCAGCCUAAUUGCUUGAAUGUUUCUGUAAAGAAUCUGAAGCAAGAACUUGCUAGAUUUGAGUGUGAUAGCAUAAACUGGAGCUCCAGAGCUGAAAAGUAUGAGGAAGAACUGUCACAGUAUUUUCAACACUGCACCACUCAAGAGGAUAUAAAUGAGCUCAGAGAAUCAUUUAAGGAUCUCAAAAAGAAAUUCAACAAUUUGAAGUUUAACUAUAUGAAGAAAACGGAAAAAGCUCGAAAUAUGAAAGUACUUAAAGUACAGAUUCAGCAAGUUGAUACAUAUGCAGAGAAGCUACAGAUUCUUAAAAAGAGGAUGGAUAAUUUAGAGAAGAAAGUCAUUGAUCCUUUUGCAAAUGAACCUAAGGCUAAAGUUCAAGUUCUCUUGGGCGCAAUCAGUGACUUACAAAAACAGCUGAAUGAUUUUAGCACGGUUGUGGAAGAUUACAAGCAAAAUCUGGAUCUCAUGGAGCAUCUGCAGCAGAUGAUGAAAGAGUGUCAAUUUUGGUUUGAAGAUGUGAGCGCAACAGUGAUUAGAGUUGGCAACUACUCUGCAGAAUGCAAAACAAGAGAAGCGAUAGAGACUCUCUACAAGCAAUUCAAUAAGUUUAUUGAACCUGCAGUGCCUGAACAAGAAGAAAAAAUUCAACAGAUUAUGGACCUUGCUAGACGGUUAUAUGGGAUUGAAGAAGGAAAGAAGUAUGUAGAAAAAACUGUAUUAAAGUAUGAAGAAAUCAUGAAUUCCGUUGAUGGGUUGUGCAGGUCUCUGAGAGAACUUAAGGAGGUAAAGAAAGUUGACUUCUCUGAAGAGUUGAUUCCUGUUAAAAAAGAAGAAAGAAAUGGUCAAGAAACAUGUGAGACUGUUAAAGAAGUGGAGCAAAAGCAGCAGAUGGCACCAGGUGAAUUGCUGGCAAACUCAGAAAGCAUUGGUGAGAAGAGAGGCAAUACUCUGUCUCCUACAGGCACUAAACAAUUCAAGGAGAGGAAUAUAUUGGCUGAUAUUUCAGUUAUCUGUCCAGCUGGUGAGGAUCUUGUUUCACAGGAUACAGAGCUGUCAUCCUCAGCCAGAGAGGAUGGUUUACAGACUGAAUUCCUGGCAGAAGAAGCACCCUCUGGAGAUGAAUAUGAGUGUAUAUCACCCGAUGAUAUCUCUUUGCCACCGCUUUCUGAGACACCAGAAUCCAACCUCUUACAUUCUGAAACAGAGCUAGAAGAGCAGUUCUGUUGUAGUUCUCAUAGUCUGCAUGUCAGUUCCUAUAGCUUGCAGAAAACCACUAGAACGGUAAAACUGAUGGAAGCACCUGACCUCUUAACAAAUUUUGCUUUUGCUGAUGCUACAAAUAAUAGAAUGGAAAGCCCAUCAGAUCACUUUCAAAAGUUUUCUAUCUCUUUAUCACAUUCUGGUCCAAAAGUCAGAGCAGAAUCUCCUUUGACUUGUAGCUCACAAGGAAUAUCUGAAACUAGCACUGCUUCCUGCCCUAUAAAAGCCAAACCAGUAGACAGCAUGAUGAGUGAAACAUGCAAAACACAUUUACAACACCUUGAACUUCAUGAAAGCAUGGCAGAAACGCAAGAAAAAUUGCAUGCCUUGAAUAACUGUACUAAACCCCAGGACAGGCUGCAUGCUUUGCCCGAUGCAUUCUCAGGUUUCGUGUUCCAAUCAGACGCCACCAGAAGCUGUCAGAGGCAGAUGGUUACCCGAGAAGAGAUUAAAAGUUCUUCAGAAAAGAACAGCAUGGCCAGCCUAACUGGACAGGCGCCUAACUUCUCCCAGCUUCUGUCUAACAAAACCGUCAUGGAAGGUUCUCCGGUAACUUUGGAAGUAGAAGUGACGGGAUUCCCAGAGCCUACACUGACAUGGUACAAGAAGGGCCAGAAACUGACUGCAGAUGAGCAUUUAAAGCUUUUACAAAAGGAGACAAAGCAUACUUUGUUCAUUCAGAAGGUGUGUGAUAAAGAUGCUGGCCUCUAUGUUGCUCGGGCUAAAAAUUUGAACGGCACUACCUCCUCAAGUGCCAUUCUUCACGUGCAAGUACAAGGAGAACAGCCAAACUUCGUACAAAAGUUUGGACACAGAACUCUGCAUGAAGGAGAAGAUUUAAUCCUGCAUUGCACUAUACAUGGAAAGCCCAAACCACAUGUCUGCUGGACAAAGGAUGGCAUCCAAGUGGUAUCUGGAGAUAUCAGUAUUGAGAAAUUAGGAGAUAUCUAUUACCUUUUAAAAAGAAAUGUAGUCCUUGCUGAUAGUGGGAAAUACAUCUGUGCUGCCAGCAACGAAAUUGGAAAGGCACACUGUUCUGCUUUUGUGACAGUGAUAGAGAAAAAUAAACCCCCCAGCACUUCCAGUGUAACUCAGGCUAAACCAGAAUGUGAAGAUGGGUACUUUUCAGAAGUGAAUGUCACCACAACAGAGCUAGUUCAAGCCCAGGACACACCAUGGGAGGGAGAAGGAAGGCCAGUGGCUAGUUGUACUCCAGUAAGGUUUGAAGAGAAGCUCUGGUUUCAAGGAGGGCAUCUUGAACUUGAAAGGCCUUAAGAAAUUAACUUCAGUUUGAGACAUGAUCCCAUUCUUCUGCCUGAUGCAGUGGAACAGAAGAUGGACUGAACUGCAAGAUGCCUGAUUCCUGAGCAUGUUUGUGUUGUUUGCUGUGUCCAUUAGUAGGUAUUGGCCAUGGGUGAGGAGCAGAUGAAUUUUGGGUGCUAUCCAAUAUAUAUCUAGAUUCAAAUUUGUAUUUUGUUUCUUUACAAAUAAAUCAUUAUUAAAAUUCACCUGUGCACAGCA